GUUUCGGCUCUCCCCUUGUGCAGAGCUGCGCCUGAAAGCGCGUAAUAUGCUCGAGUGCUUCGGGGUUGUCAGUCAAUCAAUUGUCAACUGAAGCAACCAGUGGCAAGUGUGGCAAACAAGGAAACAAAUGUUACAUCAGCAUCAUCGAAAGUUAAGAUGACAAAGAGCAAAUUACUGUGAACUUAACGUGAAGUGGAAAUUUGGAUUGAAUAUGAACGCUUUGUUACGAUGUCAUCGCCGUCGAGUGGCAUUUUCAAUCUUAUUGACCGCAUUGGGCUUCAUCAUCCCCAUCCACAUUAUUAGCAAAGGAUUCCAAAACUCUCGGACUUUUACCUUUGCCGAUUUAUUAAAAGCCCCGGGAACAUUACAACCACACGACCCUGAUCUUAUACAAUACCUUCAGGAUAACGUUCUCAUGGACAUUGCUCAGUUUCAGAAGACUAACCUUACAAAGGUGCCCAAACCGAGCCUGGGUUCAACCGAAUUCGGCCAAAUCAACCAGUCUGCCAUUAUUGACCACUUCCUACAAGGCAAACGGUCGGGCUUCUUCAUUGAAGCCGGAGCUUGGGAUGGGCAGUACCUGAGCAAUUCUUUGUUCUUUGAAAAAGAACGGGGCUGGACUGGCCUUCUCAUUGAACCCAAUACAGAGGCAUUUCAAAGUCUUAUGAUGAAUCCAGCUAGGAAUCGUUCAGUGGCCGCUAAUGCAUGCUUGUCCAUUCAUAAAUAUCCCGAGCAAGUCGCUUUCGAUUCGGCCGAUGUUUUCGGAGGCAUUUUAGAUACCGAUCAUUUGCCGGAUCAGAAUAUGAUGAAUCUUCGCAGUGGAAUAACAAAAGGGAGAUCAUUGUACAGGGUCCAAUGUUAUCCUCUGUACUCGCUAUUAUUGGCCAUGGGCAAUCCUACCGUGGAUUAUUUCAGUUUGGACAUUGAAGGAGCCGAGAUUAAGGUGCUCCUCACGAUACCAUUCGACAAAGUGAAUAUCAGGACCCUGUCCAUCGAAGUUGAACACUCUAAGAAAUCUGUGAUCCGAAAGAUGAUGACCAAAAGAGGCUACAAAUUGUAUAAGGCGCUCAAAACGGACUACAUCUACGUUAAAGAUGACAAUUCACACCCUUAAACAAUCUCAAAGAAGAGCUGUGCUCAAAAGUUUAUGUUGUCAGAAAGAUCACUGUUCUUAUUAUUCUCUCUACAAGCGUUGAUUCCUGUCUCAUUUUAUCAGAGCAAGGGUGACAAACACUACCACAAU